ACAGAAGAUGACUCAUCUGCUUCAGAAACACAUUUAUGGCUGUGCUUGGCUCGUUAUUCCAGGAGUUUAAGGGUAGUAAUAUGAGGUAUUGCAUUAAUUGUUGCAUCCAUUUAUUACCAUUACCAAAUGACUUGCACAGACAGUGCUUCAGAUGCUGUGGACCUAAUUAUCAUAACCAGAAGUGUCCUGUCUGCAAAGGAGAAAACAGGAUCCCUCUGUACACCGACAGCAAGCAGAUGAAGCUGCUUGCAGUGUUGGAAGUAAGGACUGAUCACAGGGAAAGCUGGAAUGGAUUUUUCUGCUUGAGGAAGGGGAAGCUAUGCAGCUUAAUAUUUGGGCUGAUUAUAAUGACUCUAGUGAUGGCAUCCUACAUACUGACUGGGGCCAAGUACGGCCUGUUGUUAAUACCAUCUCCCUUCCAUUACGGAGCUUUUGCUAGCAAUCCCAGCCUAAUGGACAAUGAAAGCCUUAGUGACAUGAAAGACCAUUACCAGCCUUCUAAAAUGAAUGUUUCAUAUGUGAAGGAUUAUCCCAGCAUUAAAUUAAUUAUUGACACUAUUACUUCAAAGAUAGAGUUUAUGACAAGACAGCGCCCUGAUUUGGAAGAGCUGAGGAAACAGGAGCCACAUAUGUUUUCAGUCAUUCCUACUAAAUUCCUUCCAAACAGCAAGAAUCCUUGCUGGUAUGCAGAGUACAGAGGGAACACCACCACAGACCCUUACUCAACCAACUCCUAUGCACUGUAUUCCAAGCGCUUUCGGCUGAUAUUCGAUUACCUCAGGAAGGUGUUCUGGAACCACCUGUACCACUACAAGGGCAGGCACUACCGCCUGCGCUGCCUGCCCCACUUCUACAUCAUCGGCCAGCCCAAGUGUGGCACCACAGACCUCUACGACCGCCUCAGGCUGCACCCUGAGGUUCGCUUCUCGGCCAGCAAGGAGCCGCACUGGUGGACGCGGAAGCGGUUUGGGAUCAUUCGCCUGAGGGACGGCUUCCACGAUCGCUACCCCGUGGAGGAUUACCUGGACCUGUUCGACCUGGCAGCACACCAGAUCCAGGGGGUGCUGCAGAGCGGAGCAGCCAAGGAGCACGGCGCCGUCAGCAACAUCAUCAUCGGGGAGGCCAGUGCCUCGACCAUGUGGGACAACAACGCUUGGAUUUUUUUUUAUGACAACAGCACUGAAGGAGAACCUCCCUUCUUAAUCCAGGAUUUCAUCCAUGCCUUCCAACCAAAUGCCAAACUCAUCAUCAUGUUAAGAGACCCUGUUGAAAGGCUGUACUCCGAUUAUCUCUACUUUGCAAGUGCCAACAAAUCUGCAGAAGACUUUCACGAGAAGGUGUCAGAGUCCCUGCAGCUGUUUGAAAGCUGCAUGCUGGCUUUCUCCCUGCGAGCCUGCGUCUACAACAACAGCCUCAACAACGCCAUGCCCGUGAGGCUCCAGGUGGGACUCUAUGUCGUGUAUCUUUUGGACUGGCUGACAGUGUUUGACAAAGAUCAGAUCCUCGUUCUUCGCUUGGAGGACCAUGCUUCAAAUAUGAGGUACACCAUGCACAUGGUGUUCCAGUUCUUGGAUCUGGGACCACUAAGUGAGAAGCAAGAAGCUCUGAUUACAAAGAGUCCUGCAUCCAACACCAGGCGACCUGAAGACAGGAACCUGGGACCUAUGCUGCCAACAACGAAGGCAAUCCUAAGAGAUUUCUAUAGGCCUUUUAAUACAAAACUGGCACAAGUUCUUUUUGAUGAUGCUUUUUUAUGGAAGAGGACAUGAGCUGUACAUUUCUUGUCACAAAUACAGUGCUUAAAGGAGUUUUUAUUUUUUUAAAUUCUAUUUUUGUGUGUGGAUAUUUACAUUUUUCCCAUUCCAAAGAAAAGCCGAGUGGUGAGCUGAGACUCUCACCUUCAGUCAGCACACUUCAUGACAGUUACACCACAGUCUCCUGAUGAGAAUGUAAAGCAUCUUGCAUCUCAGCUCGUUACAACUUCUUUUACCCCUGGCAAAGGAGUGGAGUGGGGAAGCAUUGGUGCAGUGAUGAUGUCCUACACUCUCCAUGGGGAUGCUGAAGUUUAACCUUCUCUAAGAUGCUGCAGCACAGAACUAGCAUCAGCCUCUUCCAGUUACACU